AUGGCACUUGACCAGCAAUUACGCACAAGGGACCACCUUGCUGCUCGUCAAGGUCUCUUAUCCUUUGGGUUAGCGUCAAAGGCAUUCCUGGAGCCGGCUCUGAAUGUCUUGUGGCGUACACUGAGCUCAGUUGAACCAUUGCUUUCGGUACUCCCCGAAACCAGUAUCAUAGGAGGAAAAAAGAUGCUUGUUAAGCAAAUCGCACCUAAAUCCUGGGAUAGAUUACGAUUUUAUACGUCCAGAGUGCACAUAUUCGACCAGAGAAUACUGUUAGAAGAGGAAGAAUCGAGUAUACACACUUCGGUGUAUGCGCGUCUUGGACAAAUGCAACCAAUCUUCCCCGCGCUGAAAGAGUUCCAUCCUGCUGCUUCGAUAUCUACUUCAAAUUCCUUGAUGUUCUUUCUAUCGAGAACAAUAUCCACAGCUUCCUUGCCGGCUUUCCUCCCUCACGCGCAGACAAUAGGAGACGGAGAUGAAGGGUUAGAUUUCGGUCCUUCACUAUCCAUACUGGCAUGGAAGUCCCCCGGUAUCCAAACCCUAUAUCUCGAAUCCGAUGCACCAUAUUCAGGUUUCGCUGCGUCCAUAUCUUGCUUCCACGACCUAAGAAACCUCAGGAUCGUUCAGAUGUCUCGUUACGACUCGGAUUUCCUCAACGGUAUCGCAUCUUUACAAAACCUCUCCUACCUCAACCUUACUCUACCGGAAAACGUCUCCUUCGACGUUUCUGGUAUCACAAGCGGAUUUUCCUCUGUAAAAACCUUGCGCAUUGCAGGUCCCCCCGGUGAAAUACACAAGAUCUUGAAAUUGAUGUCUACUACAACUUUGGACGAGUUGCGGUUGACUUGUAAUCUGCAUUCCGUAUGGGAGGAGAAUAGGACUGGAAUGCCUGACCUGACCCGAUGCCUUGACCGAUUCUCCUCCCUCACCGUCUUAGAGAUGUCAUCUAUCAGUGAGAUAGAUUUGAACCUAUUCGACGCACAAUUCCUUUGGUUACUAUUCUCCCCGAUCCUUCGCUUACCUCAACUUCAAAAACUUGGCUACGAGUUACCCUUAUUCUUGACCGACCAACGAGCUGCAGAAAUGGCAGCCGCCUGGCCGCGCAUCGAGACACUCUCGCUCACUUCCGAGACAUGGGGCGAGGGAAUACCGCCUAUCGAGUCCUUGAGGCACUUUGCGGAGCAUUGCCCGCGGUUGAAGAGUCUCGAGUUUCCCGUUCGGGUGAACUUUGUUGUUGUUGAUCUCAAACCACCUCCGCCUCCGCCGCCAACGCUUUCCAUGCAUGCGCUGAGGAAUUUCAGAUGCAUCUUGUAUGAUGAGGUGAAGAGCCCUGCUGUUGUUGCGUUGCACCUGUAUCAGAUCUUUCCUGGACUCAAAUGGGCAGAUGGGCCAGGGGCUGGCUGGUCGGAAGUACAGUCGACGUUGAAUGCUUUUCACUUUUUGAACAAGCAGAAUCGACAGAUUUCUGAAUGA